AUGUGCAAAGUACCAGCCGCGUUUAUUGUGUUGAUUGUUGCAAGCAUGCAGGUAGGAUGUGCUAAUUUACAUUUAUUUGGUAUGGUUGGAUCAAAUCCACAAAAUCCUCUACGAUCUGGAGAUGCUGAAAUGCGCAGAGCGUAUAAUCUUCAUAACCUCAAUAUGAUGGCAUCACUCAACCAUAUGAAUGAUAUUAUAGCACAAAAAGAACCGUUUCUUAAACGACGUAAAUGA